AUGAAAGAUCCGGCGGCCAAUAUCAAGACGAAAGUCAUCCUUGUUGGUAUUGGAGGCGCUACAUGUUCAGGGAAGACAACGCUGGCUAAGCACACGAAGGAUAUUCUUCCCAAUAGUGUCAUCGUUCACCAAGAUGUGCGUAUUGAUCUUGAUCCGGACGAGAUGCUUCCUACCAAAAACUGGGACGCACCGAGCGCCAUUGACUGGCCUCGAAUGCGGAAGUUUCUAUCAGAUGUGAAGUCCACCGGCGGCAUCCCACUCGACCAUAUCAGUUAUGAUAUCCCGGAUGAUGGGAAAGAUGUGCCUAUAGAUGGGAAUAGGACAAAGGCCUGGAAGGCACGCUUUCAAGACCUCGAACAACGCUGUUUGGUUGUCGCCAAUACCAAGGUAAUUUGGGUGUUAGUUGAUGGAUUUAUGUUAUACUGGGACCAGGAUGUUAUUCGUCAGCUGGAUGUUUGCAUGUUCUUACGUGUACCGGGGCAAGUACUAAAGGAGCGGCGUGAAGCACGCGAUCGGCUAGGUCGAUUACCUUGGACUGAUCCCGAAGGUUAUUGGGAUGAUGUCUGCUAUCCUGAGUAUAUUGUGACACAUAAGGGCCUGUUCAAGGGUGAGGAUGUUGAAAACGGCAAACCGAGUGAGGAUCGAGUGAAAGGGUUGCUGGUGAUUGAGUCUAAAGCCAAGGAGAGCAUGGAUAUGAUGGAUAUUGUAGAGGUCUGUUUAGAAAAUCUUACUAGUACGGUGAGCGACCUGUGCACGGGACAUUGA